UUUUAAUAGGUUUUUCUUUUUUCUUUGUAUGAAGAGAAGAAGAAGAAGAAGAAGAAGGAGAGAUAAGAGUGGAGUGGAGACGAUUCACAUGUCGCCAUGAUGAUGUUGGAGCUUCUCUCCGGCGAUAGAUUGAUGGGAGGGGAUCAUCAUCUCAUCGGAGAUUUGGGUGGGGUGGAUUCGUUUUUUUUAUAUAAUUCCGGCAAGUAACGGUGGUGGUGGUGGGAGUGUCGUUGAGUAUCAGAUUUGAAAUUCCUAGUUUCAGACAACUGGCGAGAGCCCAAAGCGGUAGAGGUUUGGGACCAAUUUACUGAUUCCAUGUUCUGAUAGCAUCUUCGUUUGAGAAUAAUUGUUGUCUCAUAAAUCUAUUGCAGCUUUAAUUUAUUCAUGAAAUUGACUCUUUGUGAAAGAUAGAUAAAGGCAUGAUGGAAAAACUAAAAGACAGUGAUGAAGUUUCUGAAUCCAACAGAAGUGUUACUAGUUGUUGAUGCCAUGACUACCUGGACAAAAAGCUGCUGCUGUAGUUGUUGUAUUCUAUAUUUUUCAAGAACAUACUCUAAACAUCCUGAAAAUGAAUAAGUUUCAGAACUAAGGUGAGCUUUUUAUGUACUUCCUACAGCUCUGGUGACAACAUUCAUUGUAGAGGUAUGAAUCACAGAAGCCAUUCUGACAAAGCUAGAUAAGAGGUGCUGCUGCUUUGACUGUCAAGGAGGUGUAUCUGGAAAUCUGAUUAAACUGGUAGCGGAUGGAGGAUCUUGCAACCGGAUAGAAUGGCUUGACGAAUUCUAGGAAUGUGAGAUGUGCGUUCAUUUGUAGAAAAGGCAACAAAAGUUAUGCGUCAAGAAGAAGAUAAUGAGUGCAAACUUCUGACAUUAACAAUUUCCCAAAGCAGACACGUGCUGGUUGUUGAUGCCAUGUGUCAUAUUAUUUGGACCAUCGUUGCUUGUUUUUUGUUAACAAUAGAUUGAAAAUCUCGGAAUGGGUCUAACUUCCUUUUAUCUUUGUGUUUUAGGAUUAUCAUGUUCUUUGGUUUGGCAAGAUCUCUCGUCCAAAGCCUGGGGGAUCAGAUCACAGUUGGUGGUCCUGCAACUUUUGCUUUUUUCAGGCUGGUCGCCAAGCUUUCUUGAAGUGCUCAAGGAACCCUCGGUGGCCUAACUCUUAUCAUCUAACCAAAAGCAAGAUACUACACUGUGCUUUUGGCUGUUUCUAGGAGUUUCGUCAUCUGCUCCCAGCUGAUAUGGGUCCGGGCCCUUGUACUGUCACUAGAGCGGCCAAAGAGUGUAAACAUGUCCUCCAAAAGGUGACACUUAGCAGCUUAGUGGGGAUAUUAAGCUCCUCUCUAAACCACCAAAGAGGAAUGCCAUGUUCUUUGGUUUGGCAAGAUCUCUCGUCCAAAGCCUGGGGGAUCAGAUCACAGUUGGUGGUUAUGCAACUUUUGCUUUUUAAGGCGCGUAACGUUUUAUGUUUUACUUGGUCAUAUGCUUUUAGGUCCCCAAACUUUCUGAAGUGGUCAAGGACCCCUCUGUGGCCUAACGUUGAUGCUGAAAGAGGAGUGCUGCUGAACUCUUAUUGUCUAAAAGAAAGCAAGGUACAAAACUGCAUCGUUAUCACUUAGGUAAGUUUGACUAACCCUUGGCCUUGUUUUGCUGAAUCUUGGUUAUAGUUAAUAGAGUGACUUUUCUUCCAAAUAUAGUUACUACACCGUGCUUUUUGGCUGUCUCUAGGAAUCUCGCCAUCUGCUCCUAAACAUACACAUACAUGCUUUCUCGCUAUUGACAAUUCUCGUUUGAAUAAACACACACUCUUCUUUGUGAUGCGUUUUUUUUUUAUAAUCCCGAUUAUAUAUGCUUGUGAUGGUAGCUUUUCUAUUUAUGAAUUACUUCCGUUCAUUAUAGGGUAUGUUGAGGAUGUGAAGGAGCCAUACUCUCUUUUUGAUUUUUUGGCAUCGGAUAUUUGAGUUUUGAUUGCAGUUUCUUUAAAAUACAUGUGGUGUUUCAUGCCUUCUUGUUUUGGUUAACAAUAUAUUGUCGUGUGUUGGAAAGUUGUGUUGCUACUCAUAAUCUCUUCAGUUUGUUAUUUGAUGUCAUCGUUUACAUGAUUAUGUUAGUGAUUCUUGCUGGUAGCGUGACCUCAUGGGGGCAGGCUCAUAGAAGGUGAAGAGCAUCUUGGUUUUGAUGAUAAUGGUCUUUACUUCUGUCUUCUGAGGUUUCUUUCUUCUUGGGCUGUGGCUGGUUAUAAUGGUUCUGUAGACAUUUGAUAAUGAAGUCCACACUUGAUUAUGUUUGGGUGAUGCAUUAUGUUUGUUGAGUUUCAGGGGAGGCUAAAUUUUAUGGAUAGACUUCUAACGAAAGUACUCAGGUAGUCAGUGAAGAUUGAAAACAUCACGUCCUUACAUCGGGUGAAAAGGUUAGGUUGAUUAAAGAUGUUGUUCGAUUGGUACCUUUAAAUCAUAGUUCCUUUCUUCCUUGGACUUAUUGGCUUGCAGGUCAAAGUUUUCUGUCUAACACGUUAAAGUACCCUCCAUUCUGGUUACUUGGCGUUGCAGUUUGUGAAGGUUGAUUGUGAUGUGUUGCUGGAUUGUUCCUCUUCCUUGGUCUUGUGUCUUGCAGGUUAAAGCUAGCGUUCAGACGCUUGUUUCAUUACUGAUGUGCCUUUCCUAUUUACCACAGAAGUGCCUAGAUCAUUUAUGGGACCUUUGGUGUGGGUUGCUUUGACUUGCCUCUACAAUUGCGCAAAUGAUUUUUUCUCAUUUUCUCGUUGUUCGGAACACAGUUGAGCCUCUUUUUUUAAGUUGUCAUGUCGUGACCAUGAAAGCCUACGCUGGUGUUGCGGUUUCUAAAGUUCUCAUGGAAGCAUAUGUGACUGGACUGGUUUAGAGACUGAAAAGGAUUGGAGUUUGUAAAUAGUGAUUUUGUUCAGUUAUGUGCUUUUGUCUGGUCGUUCAUUUUUCCUUGAUUUGGUCUGGAGAGGAAGAGUCUUAUGUAGCUGGUACACAGGAAGUUAAAUCGGAGAUUAGGCUGGUUUUGGCGUCACCUUUGGUUGUUUUCUUGUUAGCAUGGAGUAGUAAGAACUUUGGAUUUUUUUUUUUUUAUAUUGGAAUGUGUUGGGUUUUGACCCCAUGACUCAUCGGCCAAGAACUGAUGAUACCUUCCCAAGCUUAUCUCAACUCAUGUCUCUGUCUAACCUAAGAGGACUUGUUGAUCUGCAGCAACAGGUUCCUAUUGAAGAACAAGCUGAGAUGGCUCCUCCAGCUGUUCCAAUACCUUUUCAACCUCUCAUCCUCGGCUCCUCCCAAAAGUAGUAGCAGCAGCAUUAACCCUAAGGACUUAAACAUUCUCAAUCUCCUCAUCAAAGAAAACUCCAGUAGCAGUAGUCUCGACCUCGGUUUCCUCACUUCUCAUCUUCAAUACUCCAACAACCUCCCACCCCUCGAAAACCUAGACGAUAAUCACUUCAGUCAAAACAGUUCUCCAGUAUGUAUCCAUGAACCACAAAGCUUGAAUCAAAUUAUGUUGCCUUCUCAUGAUCCUUGUGGUCAACUCUCGAUUUAGUCAUUGUUGUUGCGGUAUACUGUAUUCAUUAAUGGUUUUUGUUAGGGUCAAGAACAAGAAAGGAGCUAAUUCAGUGUAUAUAGAACGCAGCUCAAAAACACAACAGAGUAAACAAACCAUUAAUUCUUGAGUUACAUUCUAUAAUUAGACAUAAUCUUUUGCCGCUCAUUAUAUACUAAAGAAAGACUUAACAUCUACUGUCGUAAACGAACAAAAUAUUAUAAACCGGAUUUAACCGAUAAAAAAAUUGAAUCGGAGAAAAAAAGAAACCGGUUUUUGUUUUGUUUUUGGCUAUAUAUAUAUAACCGAAACCAAAAUUGAAUAAAAAAAACUCUCAAUUGCUGUGAAAGUUUUCUUGAAUUCUCUCCAUUAAUCUUCUCCUUCAAACUAAACCCGAUGUCAAACCUCGCCGCUUCUAACGCCGACGAACGACCGCGAAAAACCAACCAACCACCGUCGUCUUCAUUGUCUUCGCCGUCAUUGUUUUCACUGCCACUAGACAUGGUUUUGAACGUCUUAGCCCGCGUACCAAAACGGUUUUACCCAAUCCUCUGUUGCGUCUCCAAUAAGAUGAGGAGUCUUGUUCGCUCCGCUGAGAUUCACGAGACUCGAUCUUUACUCGGAAAAGAUUCUCUUUAUAUCUUCUUCUUGGACGAAAUCUCAAGUCCCUUAUACGUCUACUGGUACACUCUCCGCAGGACUGAGAACAGAACGACUGAGAAUCUCUUCUACCCGAUAGAAUUCUCCACUCCUCGCGAUCCUUGUACUACACGCAUGCUAGCCAUUGAUACAGAGAUCUUCUUCAUGACCCCAUGUACUACUCGUUCAUUAAAGUUACGGAUUCUUGACACCAGGUCUAGAGUGUUGCGUCAAGGACCUAGUUUGCUAGUGGAUCGAUUAUCAACUAGCGUAGGACUAGUCGGCGGUAAGGUCUAUGUGAUCGGAGGAUGUAGCGAGCGCGAACUACUAGUGGAAAGAUUUGACCUAAAGACGCAAACGUUUGAAGAAGCUCCGACUCCUGAUGAAAGAGAUUAUCGCAUAUGGAUAUAUGGGGUAAAUGUUACACUAGACAGAAAGGUUUAUGCUCUAUGUCCUCGUGAAGGUAUGGCCUCGUACGAUACUAGAGAUGGUUCUUGUCAGAGAUCUGAGAUGCCUAAAGAUAAAUGGCGGCGUUCAGGAACGUGCGUGAUUGGCAAUGUGCUCUACCUUUACUUCUCUAGAUUCGGGUUAAUGUGGUAUGACACUCAACUGAUGAUAUGGAGGGUGGUUUAUGGUUUUGAUCUUGACAAAGCUCAAUGCGUUGGAAUAGCUGAAUACUAUGGGAAGUUGGCAAUUCUAUGGGAGAAACCAAGUCCUGUUAGUCGUGAAAGCAAAGAGAUUUGGUGUACAAUGAUUGGUUUGCUUAGGAGUGAUGUAGGGAUUCAUGGAGCUGCAGAACCCUCUCAACUUCUCGGGAUUGUUCCUUACGGCUAUCUAAUGCGUUGUUGUCUGUCCGUUUCGGCUUAG